UUCAACUUUCAAAAUUUCACAAAGAGAAGACUCAGCCAGCCACCAAACAAGAAAACUAUAACUCAUAGCACAAACAGAAAGGAAGAGAUCAGAAAUGGCGAAUCUUACUUCUUCGCCGGAGUCUCUGUCCCCGAAGCGUCAAUCUAACAGCAGCUUCUUCAUAACAAUAUCAGCUAUUCUGGCUAUGCUUUCAAGGCAAGCCAGACGUUUAAAAGGAAAGGCGAAAACGAAGAAAUUGCUGAGCAACAUGAGCAACAAAGCUUUGUCACAAUUCGGGAAGAUGAAGAAGACGAAGAAACAAAGAGAUAAUGAAUUAAACGACGGUGUUUGGCAGAAGGAGAUAUUGAUGGGAGGAAAAUGUGAGCCGUUGGAUUUCUCAGGCGUUAUUCAUUAUGAUAUUAACGGAAGACAAACCGGUGAAGUUCCUCUCAGGUCUCCACGCGCUAUUCCUUUCUCUCGUUAUUGAAUGGAAAAUUAUUUAGAAUUUUAAUAGCGUGUUUGUUGGUUAAUGAAAACUAAACAUUUUGUAUAGAGUAAGCUAAGCUCUAUUGAUUGUGUGAAAAAUAAUACGCGUUUGUGUUUUUUAGUGGAUAGAUCUUUGAUUUUUUCUUAUUAGGAAGUUUGGGUGUGUCAUUUACUUACUUGCUGCUUUAUACGUCUAAAUGUUUGGAAUACGUGAUUAACAUGAUAUACUUUGUUACAGUCAUAUUUGCUUCCGUAGUUCAUGUACAUGUUUGGAUUGAGGAUUUUGAA